UAUAGUGGUGAGUAUUCCCGCCUGUCACCCGGGUGACCCGGGUUCGAUCCCCGGCAACGGCGAAUUGAUAUUUACUUUUUGCUGCUUACCGAUUUGGCUAAUGAAACAAGCCAACAUGGGUUCUAAACUUAAGCUUCCACGCCACCCUCCUUUACAUACACACACAAUGGUUGCUUGCAAGUAACGAAAGAUCCCACAAACAUUAAUUACAUUACCUACUUACAUGGUGCAUUUUACAAAAGCAUCAAGCUUAGUAUCAUGUUUUUUAGUUCUUCUCUUUGUUCCUCCAACGCAGCGGCGCAGGAAAUGUCAGCUUCCACGACCAGCAUUCACAUUAUGGCCUUAGAUGGCAUCGUGAACGUGAAUUCCCUCUUCACCUUAGCGCUUUUCGUUGGCCUCACAAUCACCAGCCCUGACACUGCCUUUGUUGGUGGUAGUGGCGGCAUAGACACCGCCUGCGCUGCCGGGACCUCGGUGGCAGAAGGCCUCAUAUCAAGCCACGUGCACUCCUUCAGCUGCUUCCUCUUCUCCAGCCUCAUAGCGCUGGCCCUCAAAAACAUCAUCAACAUAAGAAAAACCGUUGAAGAUGGGGAUAACAUUGAUGCUUUUGGUGGUGGUAGUAAUAGCAAGGUGGUGCACUUUGCAGCUAGCUUCAUCGGGGAGGUUAACGCGGUGUCAUUGAGGGUGGGGACACUUGUUUCGGCUUUUGGGUCGGUAUUUGGGUGCGGGUUCUUGGUGAUGGCUCUGGUGGAUUUGGUGCAGAUCAAGUUGGGGACUUUUGGUUGUGGAAGUAGCCGUUACAGUAUUGCUGCUGUGGCACCUUUGCUUGUUCUUGUUCCCACUGCGCUUCUCAUCUAUGUUUCUCUCGUGCUCUAUGCCUUCACUCGUUAGUUAAGCUUAUUAUUUAUUGAAGGAACAUUGUUUUGAAUUUUGAAUAAUAAUGUUUAAUGAGUCAAACAAAGGCUGAAAGAAGAGACCUGCUAAUGGUAUAGCACUCAAAUUUAAUAAACUAUGGUUUUUUUUUUUUU